GGGAGUCUUAGUUUAUAUAUAUAUAUAUAUAUAUACACACACACGGAGGUUGCAUCGACUAUAUAUCAAUCUUUGCUUCAUAACUGAGAUUCCAAUACUGAUAUCUCCAACUGAAACCAUAACAACCCAGAAACAGCAGCUAUAUAUGCAUAUCUGAUAUAAAUGGAGGACAAAGUUGCAUUCAAAAAUUUGCUGCAAGAUCAGAAAAAGGCAUGUGUUAGUAGCACAGAUGCACUGAACUGGACUCAGGAACCAUCCAUCAGAAACACUCUAGGAUCUACUCUUCUCGGUUUGAGUCUCAAUAACUUGGAGCUUCCCCAAAAUCUUGAGCAAGAUCCUCUGAACCAACUGGGAUUGUUGCAAGUUGAGCUGGAGGAGGUGAAGAAGGAGAAUCAAAAUUUAAGGUCAAUGCUUCAUGAGAUCAGUGAACACUACGCUGCUCUUCAGAAUCAGUUAUUAUUGGUGAUGCAGCAAAAGAAACUCUCUUCAUCUCCGAAUCAUGAGGACAUGCAGAAGGAUAGCAGGCAAGAUAACGUGAAGAAGCCAUGGCUGUUCUUACACACUGGUAAAAUCAAUAACCAAGUAACACCAGAAGAAGCAAAAAUCAUAGAAGAUCAGGCAUUUGAGGCUUCUUGCAAGAAAGCUAGAGUAUCUGUAAGAGCACCGUCAUCAGAAUCUUUGAAGGGUGAUGGGUGUCAAUGGAGAAAAUAUGGACAAAAGAUAUCAAAGGGUAACCCUUGUCCACGGGCCUACUAUCGUUGCAACAUGGGAACAUCAUGUCCAGUUCGCAAACAGGUUCAAAGGUGUGCUUCCGAUGAAAGUGUUGUGAUCACAACCUACGAGGGGACUCAUAAUCAUUCACUCCCUCCACCAGCCAGAUCCAUGGCUUCCACAACAUCAGCAGCACUCACCAUGUUCCUUUCUGGCUCGACCACUAGUUCAGCUUCUACCUACUAUCCAUCUGCAUCAUCUUGUCCCACUGUAACACUUGACUUAACCCAGCCCACUAAGAACUACCUCAAAUUCCCAACUUCAAACCAUUCUCAAACUUUCCCUCUUUCAAUCAAUGCCUACCCUCACAACUAUGAAGGAUUACCUUCAGAGAAAGACCUUUCCUUGGUCGAUGUUCUUAGUGCUGCCAUCACUAGGGAUCCUUCUCUUAGGGCAGCCUUAGAAGCAGCCGUUUCCUCUAUGAUUGCAGAUUCUCAGAACAUCAACAAUCAGCAAGUGCAGAGAAGAUGAACAUGUGUUAUAUAUUGUGAGUGUAAUAUCGAUAUUUUAUGAUAAUAUAUGAAUUGGUGAUCUUUGAACUUAUGUUAUGAGAACACUCUCCAAGAGGUGGUGUUCUUGUGAUGGACCAUAAAGAUACAACCAUUAAAAAAUUCAGAAAGCUGUGAGAUUUAGAUGAAUUCAUACAAGAGGUUAGCAUUUUCAAACUAAAAUAUAUUUAUGAAUAUUUUUAAUUUAAAUUCACA